CCGGGGGGCUGUCCGGCCCCCUCUGUGCCCCCCCAGCCCUGCCUGAGUGGACUCGAGGGCCGGCUGCUGUCCACGCCCCAGGCCCACUCUGCCCUCUGGCCCCAGCCAUGGCGCCCCUGCUUGCCCUGUUCCUGGUGGCCCUGGUGGGCCUGCCUCUGGCCCAGGCCCUGGACUGCCAUGUGUGUGCCUACAACGGGGAGAACUGCUUCAACCCCAUGCGCUGCCCGUCCAUGGUCACCUGCUGCAGGACCUCCCGCCCUCCAGACUUCACCCCCACCAAGAUGAAGGUGAGCAAGUCAUGCGUGCCCAGCUGCUUCGAGACCGUGUACGACGGCUACUCCAAGCACGCCUCCACCACGGCUGAGGGUGGUACCGGGGCUGCAGUGCUGAGACCUGGGUGCCCACCCUCGGGCUCCACCCGGCGCCCAUGA